GAAAGAGAAGAUGGCUGAUAAGUGUCACUUGUGUCUGCUGGGACUGAUCUUUCUCUCUUCACUUCUCACAGGUCUCAGUGAAGUGGAUCAUGUGUUCAUCAGUUCUGGUGAAGAUGUCCGUCUGCCCUGUAAUAAUGCUCUUCCUGGCUGUAAAUCAACUACAUGGAUCUAUAAUAACAGAUUCAGAGAUUCAUCAGCAGUUGAACUGUUUGCUGGAGGGAGAAAGAAGACAGACACAGAGAGACAUGAGAGACUGAGUCUGGAGUCUGACUGCUCUCUGAACAUCAAGAGCGUCACAGAAGAAGAUUGGGGAUCUUACACCUGCCAACAAUAUGUGAAUGGACAAUGGCAAGGAACUGAUGCUGGUGUUUAUCUGCAUGUUCUUCAUGUCUCUUCAUUACCGUCACAGACUGAGAUCAGUGCAGGUCUCUCUCUGACUCUCUUCUGUCAGUUGUAUUCAUAUUCAUCAUAUGCUCGAGACUCUUGUGAUGCUUGGAUCCGUUCUGAGGGAAUUGAUCUGUUCUGGGUGAAUCAGGCUGGUGUUAAACUGACAAACUCAGACUCCAGAUAUCAGAUAUCAGCUCCAGAUCACUGUUACAUCUCUCUGAAGACAACAAUCCUGAAUGAAGAUCACAACAGAGAGUGGAGAUGUAAUAUUACUCAGAGAGAUCAACUCAAGUCCUCAGUCUCAUACACUGUCAAGAUCUCAGGUGAGAAAACAAUCUCAUGAUCAGAUGUAGAAGAGUCUUAGAUGUGCUAAUAUAAUGAUAGAUAAUGUUAGAGUCAUCUUGUGUUAAGUGACUGAAAUAUGAUCGUCAUGUUUUAUGAUGAAUCUGAACUAACAUCAUCUUUACAGAUCAAGCUGAUUCAACGACAGCAGUCACAAACUCUCAGCAUCGCUCAACUACAAACACAGAUGACACUGAAGAUCAAGCUGAUUCAACGACAGCAGUCACAAACUCUCAGCAUCGCUCAACUACAAACACAGAUGAAACUGAAGAUCAAGCUAAAAGAGUAACAGCAUUGACUCCAGCAGAAACGUCUACACAAGAUGUCAGAAGAAAGACUGAUGACUCUGUGACAGAUGAAGUGACUUAUGGUUAUUACUGCGUACAAUAAAUAAUAUAUCCAA